AUGUCACGCGACAUUCCAGACCGCUCGCUGCGUCUAUCAACAUAUCCAUCGGACAAUGAAACACUGUCUCUUCCGAAGAAAUCUGGGACCAAAAGAAGACAUGUCAGCCAACAGUGGGAUCGCCAAUUUUCAGAUCUUACUCAAGAUGACCUCGAAAACAAAAGAAAGAAAAUUGGCAAAGAACUUUCAGAGGCACGAGCCAACAUGAAGAGACAAGUUUCUAUGGACGCUGAGUACUGGGAGCGAUACGAACAAGUGGCAAACCUGAGUCGAGAGGACGCGCAGAUCGAGUCCCAGAGAGGCCUUGAAGCAGUGCUCAACGAACAGAAAGAGGCCAGCGAAUGGUACGAGAGCGAAGACGGUGAACGAUAUCAGCUAAAGUAUAGCGUGUGGAAUCAAAUCAGCAAUACUAUACAGAGACAACGACAAAGGAUGGUGGAUCGCAAGGGUACCCCUCGAGAGGGAUGGGUUAAGCUAUUCAUUUCAUCAAAGCUCGGAAUGGGCUUGGCAACGAAAGACACGGGGGUGGGCCCAAGGGACACCAGUGAUCAGUCGAACUUCAAGCAGGCCCUGAUAGACGCGUACAUCCCACGACGAAAGCGACCUAUCCGCAAAGUCCUAUGGGAUCCAGUGAUCGGAGACUGGUUUCAAACAUUACAAGGUGCCCACUUGUUCCCAUACUCUCAAGGCAUCUUCAUGGACGAUAUAUUCGGCAAGGGAUCACAGAAAGAGCUAUUCUCAUACAAGAACGGCCUGCUACUCCAUGAGGACAUUAAGAAAGCUUUGGAGAAUGGGUUCGUGGCCAUUGUACCUGACAUUGAUCUGGAACCAGCGAGUCCCAGGCUCCCUCUAAACGACAAAGAGGAACGAGAUCAAAGAAUUCGAGCUUGGCAGAAAGCAAAACCGAAAGAGUACAAGUUCAUCGUACUUAACAAGAAAAACCCCGCAGUUACAGAGGAAUUCCCUCUUCCGGCAUAUGGAGUGCCCAACAUUGCAGCACUCGAUGGAAAACGACUCCAAUUCCUGACCAGCAAGCGACCACGAGCUCGGUACAUUUGGUGGACCUACUUAAAUGCUAUUGUCCGUAACUCCUGGUCACAGAAGCUCACCGAAGUUAAUCUUCAACAUCAAGAAGUGCAAAAACGCACACUUUACGGCUCCUAUAUAAAGAAGAAUCAGCUUCUGGGAUUCAUUGAGGAGAUUGGGCAUGAAGUUGGGGAUGCACUUGAGUUCGACAGUGAGGAGGAGGUCAGCGAUGAGCCAAGACUGGAAGGGAUCGGUGCAAUGGUUGGGCGUCAUUUGGUGGAAUGGCACAAGGAAGAAGAGGCGAACUGGGUGACAGAUGAUGAACAGGAGGGAAAGAAGAUAUGCGGCUGGAAGACUUAG